UAACUUUUGCUCUCUCUCUUUCUCUCUCUCUGCCUCAGCCUAAUAAAUUGAUUCAGGCUCUGUAGUCGCCACCUCUAUUGCGUGCUUUCUGCCUCAUCUCAUCUUCAUUCUCUUGAAGCUCUCAUUCCAUUUCUCUUUAUAUUUUCUCUCGAACAACAACAACAACAACAGAGCAAGAAGAGCUAGAAGAAUCACAAGAAAAGCAUAGCAGAACCAACCAACCUUUCUUCUUCAUGGCAGUUGAAGCUCAGCACCUCCACCAUGCGGCUCUUAUCCCAUCUCAGUUAAUCCCAAAUAGAGAUUUCAUCAAAACCAACCAAGGAAACGCCAAUAUUUACAGUACACAGAUGGACUCUGGCCUGCUUUUGUCCGCAACAAUGCCUGAAAAUCUGCUUCCCAUGUACCAAUCGCCUUUCUGUGAAGCAAAUAAAGCUUCGAUGAACAAGCAGGCGGAGAGUGGUCUCACAUACAACAACAUAUCUGCUCCUAGAAAGCGGCCUAGAGACCAAUUAAUCAACGACUUCAACAAUUUCUCAGUCCCUCAGAAGACCAAAAUGUCCGUUGGUGCCUCAUCUUUUAUGGACCAAGACAUUGCCUUUCAGAUCCAACAACAGCAAUCUGAGAUCGAUCGCUUCAUCGCCCAACAUACUGAGAAAGUGAGAAUGGAACUCGAAGAGCAAAGAAAGCAGCAAUCGAGAUUGUUAGUGUCGGCAAUCCAGGAGAGAAUCGUGAAGAAACUGAAGGAGAAAGACGAGGAGAUACAGAGGAUGGGGAAGCUCAAUUGGGUCCUUCAAGAGCGAGUCAAAAGCCUAUUCGUUGAGAACCAAAUAUGGAGGGACAUGGCGCAGACAAACGAAGCCGCAGCCAAUUCUCUACGCACCAAUUUAGAGCAAGUCCUGGCGCACGUUAGCGAGGAGCACCAAGCUGGUGGCGGCCCCCCAGCCGCCGCGGUGGCAGACGAUGCGCAAUCGAGCUGCGGCAGCAACGAUUACGGGCGGGAUGAAGAGGCGGUUGAUGGUGGUGAUGCGGUGGUUGGAGGCGGCGGAAACGGUGGUUGUGGUGGUGGCGAUAGGAUGUGUAAGAGGUGUGGGGUGAGGGAGUCAAGGGUGUUGUUACUGCCAUGCAGGCAUUUGUGCCUGUGUACAAUGUGUGGGUCCACCCUUCUCAAUUGCCCUGUAUGUAACUCUGUCAUGAAUGCCAGUGUGCAUGUUAAUUUCUCUUAGGAUUUUUUUAGUCCUCAGAAAUUGAACAGAAAAAUAUUGUCAAAUACUUUUUGGACAAAAAGGGAAAAAAAAAAAGAGUAGGAUUACAAAUUUUGUUUC